AUGCCUGGUCAUGAUGCGAGGAUUCAGCCUCUUCCGGCUGAUGUGGUGGCAAAGAUCAAGUCCUCCACCUCCAUCAUAAAUUUGAACGGGGUCAUUUUGGAAUUGGUCAAGAAUUCAUUGGAUGCGAAUGCACAUACGGUUUUUGUCACCGUGGAUUUUCCACGGGGGAGUUGUAUCGUUGAGGACGAUGGUGAGGGGAUUUCUCCGGUUGAGUUUGAGGCUGGUGGAGGGCUUGGAAAAGCGCAUCACACUUCCAAGUUCCAGUCAGAUGACGAGGUCUAUGGGCAAAGAGGAUUAUUUUUGGUAUCUUUGGCUGCCCUGUCGCUGCUGACUAUUACCUCGCGCCAUUCGCGCCACCGUUCUGUGAAUUCCAUAAUCUUUCACCACUCGAAACCUGUUGCUCGGUUGCAUCCGGCACCUGCUCACCAGGAGCUUAAAUUUAGAAGUCACGGCACUCGUGUUGCUGUAAAUGAUCUUUUUGGGAAUAUGCCUGUUCGUGUAAAGAGUCGAGCGUUAACCCUCCAGAAACAGGAAGAACUAGAGAAGGAAUGGGAUGAGCUUAGGCACCUUCUAGUUGCGGUAAUGCUGGCUAAUGGAAAACUUACCAAGUUGGUAGUCUUGGACGCUGGAGGCAGGAGAAAGCUGACGAUUCGACUGUCUUCCGAGCCGCCAUUGGUCUUGAACCGAGGCUCUGUCUGGGACGAGACCUAUUUUAAACGGAUUCAUUCGAUUCUUGCUCAAGCGGGGAUGAUAGACUUUGGGAGCUCGGGCCGUUGGAACACGGUCUCUGCCAACCUCCCUGAUAUGUCAAUCCACGCGGCCAUAUCUCUUGUUCCCGGCCCUACAAAGAAGGCCCAGUUUAUCUCUUUAGGAUCAAAUCCAGUGUUUGUGCGAAAUAACACCAAUGCUUUGUAUAAUGAGGUCAAUCGGGUGUUUACCUCAUCGGAUUUUGGAACGGGCUCUUUUGAAUCACCUAUUCAGAAUACACGCCUGGCAGAGGAUGAUGGUCAACGUGGUGAACAUUUUAGAUGGGCGAGUAAGGGAGUCAACAAAUGGCCCAUGUUCUACAUACGGAUAAGUACCAACGUUCCUCAGAGAAUUAGCGAUGAUGAUUACGAUGUGGUCCCGGAGCCAGACAAGUCCCUUCAGCGCAUUUUAGAUGUUCUUACAGCUAUGCUGAACGAGUUUUUGAAACAACAUAAUCUACGUCCACGUGCCUUAAAGAGGAAGCGAAAGGCGAAUGAUAUCUCUCGAGGGUCUGGGACCGAGGAGCAACGUCUACGGGGAUCCUGGAACACUGCAUCUUCCGCUUCUGGUGGAAGAAUCAAUGCCGUCUCCAGCACAGAGGAGGCUCUUGAUAGUGUAGUGAAACUUCCUUCUUUUCGAAGACAUGCACGGGGUAGCCCUGGCCGGGAUUUCGCAACUUGGUCCCGAGUCAAGAGUUCCAGGGAACAUGUAUUUGACGACACACGAUCUUCUGGUGCAUCAAAGCGCAUUCAAGAGAUGGUAGAUUUGCCUCAUAGGCAAUCAGUGGUUGAAGCGGGGGAUUCUUCGUACAGCAAUGUGUUAACGGCUGCCCCGAAAGACAAAGACGCGCUGGAAGUAGAAUCAUCUGAGACUUCGACGGACUUAAUGAUUCCCUGGGCAGAUCCGUAUACGAGACAAACUGUGUUGAUUAAUUCGCGGACAGGCCAAACGAUGAACCGCAGACAUUCGGUGGGCGGACGACCCCAAUCCGCCGGCUCCAUUCAGACGAUACGGCGACUCGACGAAAUCAGACGCCCAAGAUCCGUGGUGCCACAGUCGCGGAAUAUCUGGAUAGACAACAUGCUGCAAAAAUGGGAAAACCCGAUCUUCAAACGUUCUGAGAGACCGGUGGCGUCAACAGAACCAGAAGCGCAACGGGAGCAUAUUUAUGGCAGGGAGCAUCACAGUUGCUCCGGAGACAUAUUCGGCAUGGAGGCGGCCCGUUUUGCAACAUCACGAGGCAAAUUAUGGAGACAAGGCCUGAAAACGGCAGAGGUGAUCGCGCAAGUUGAUCAGAAGUUCAUUCUUGCAAAGAUGGGCGCUGUUGGUGGCUACGGCUCAGGAACCGUUUUGGUUCUUAUAGACCAGCAUGCAGCCGAUGAGCGAUGUCGGAUCGAGCAACUCUUUGAGUCUUUUUUUACCGAGUUCUCCGAUGAGUCGAAGACGGUUACUCAAGUUCAGACUACGGAAGUUGAAGAAAUCCGCUUUGAAACCGGGCCGGUAGAGACUGUGCUUUUUGGUCGAUACCUGGAAUAUUUGGGGUCAUGGGGCAUAUCCUACAGCAUCGAGAGACGCAAACCCGGGUCCCAGGCUGUAGGUGUGGUCCACGUACGUACGCUUCCCACAUUGAUCGCGGAACGGUGCAGGGCAGAACCAAACCUGGUCGUCGAUCUACUCCGGGGAGAGAUCUGGAAACGGGAAGAGAGCGGCGAGGGACCAUGUCCGACACUCGAUAGAACGGGUGCCAGCUGGGUCGAGCGCAUCAGCGGGUGUCCGCAGGGGAUCGUGGAUCUUUUGAAUUCGCGGGCGUGCAGGAGCGCUAUCAUGUUCAAUGAUGUGUUGGGUAUGGAGGAGUGCCGGGGACUGAUCUUGAGGUUGGCGAGGUGUAGGUUUCCAUUUCAGUGCGCGCAUGGCCGUCCUAGUAUGGUUCCUAUAUUGGAUAUGGUGGAGAGUGAUAGGAAUGGUGAUGAUGAUGAUGAUGGCGGUGAUUUUGUAGGGGCAUUUAGAGAGUGGACUACAAUUUAGACAUAUCCUACUAAUUAUGAAUAUUGAAAGCUAUAGUUAAUAUUGAA